AUGGUUAAAACAAGAGGAAAAAAUAAGAAAAAAAAAUUAGAAAAAAAAAUCAAAGAAGAUAAUGAAUAUGAAGAUAUGGAAUCCGAAGAUAUAAAUGCUAAUGAAAAUGAUCAUACUACUCAAGAAGUUUAUUUACCAGGUGAUCCAUUAGAUGAAGAUGAAGAACUUGUUCGAGAAGAAAGUGCAUAUGAAAUGUUUCAUGAAGCACAAACAGGCAAGUGA